UGCAAGCGGGCGAGGUGAUUUUUAACGAAUGAACCAACGGUCAUCGAUACAAUUGCAAGGAAAUAUUCCAAUUGCUUAUGAUGUGUUUCUUCUUCUUUGUGUUUGUGCGAUUUAUACGUAAAGAAUAAAUAAAAAAAUAACAACAAAAUUUUAUUUUUGUUUAUGUUUGCCGUGCGCAUGUAUGUAUGUAUGUUUGCGCAGUGUAAAUACAAUGUUUGAUACAAAACAAAAAAAAAAGGCAUAUGAAAAGCAACAACAUUGGGGUGGGAAUUUUUGAAGACACAAGUGUGUUAGUGUGUGUAUGUCCAAAGUGUGCAGAUGCUGUGUUUGUAAACGACAUAAAAGUCCCAAAAUUAACUGGCCUUGUUUGUUAGGUUACUUACAAAACAAAUUUAUAUAAAGUAUUAGAAAAAAAUGCAUUAAAAAAUUAUCAUUUAAAAAGUCUUAUAGAGAUUACCGUCAUUGAAAACAUUUAAAAUUCCUUAUCUACUUCUCCCAAAACAGUAGUUCACAAAAUCACAUCAACAAUAGCUUCAUGUGACGUCAGCAACAGAACGUGGAAGUUUUGACACCGUUAUCGAUACUAGCGUCGAUUAUUGAUAUGAAGACAACAACAAAGUAGAGCAUGAGCAAAUUAGCAUAAAUGAGAUCUUCUAUUCUCGCCGGUUCGUUCUAUAAACCAAGGAUUUAAACGCAUCUCACCUAAGGCCGCGCUAAUGAAUCAUGUCGGUGCCCAUUGAGUGAGGACGAGGCCAUUACUCUUUCUGUAAAUUACGAAUGUCAACUUAUGGCCGUUGAUUGUUUGAACACAAAUGAAUGAAGAACUGCCACUAAGCCGUCUUCAACUGACAAACAGAACGAACCAACGAACGAACAACUUGUUGUGACGAGAAGCAAAUGACAGCUAAAAAAAGCAACGCAGAUAAGUGCUUGCGCGCAUAAUGCGGGACCCCCAGUGAAAUGAAUAAUAGCAACAACAACAACCACAACCACGUUUACUCCGACAAGGCAAUCGAAUAAAAACAAACGAGGCAAUAACAAACUGGCAACGUAUGAAGUGAACAAAACAAAAGCGGAAGACAUCACACCACCACACAUAAAACAAACCGCCAAUUUUAGUUACCCCCCCCCUCUACAAAAGCAUUAGCAAAAGCUCAUCAAAGUGUAGAGCGCGAGAAUCCAUGAAUGCUUUGCUCUCUUUUAGUUUCACAGUUGCCAUCAAGUUCAAAGUCAGUGAAAUAAAAACAAAAAAUACUCGGCCGUAAGCUUUUCGCAGCCAAGUGCUCUAACUCUUUCGUUCGCUCUUUCUCACGUCAAAUAUUUUUCCCGUGUUUCUCCUCCCCACUGAGAGAAUUCGCAAGCAAGCGUGGUGUCUAUUGAACAGCCUACAAAUGAGUAACGAUUCGUCUGCGAGUGAAACAACACCGCUACGUCGGCCGGAAGAAAGCUAUCAGCAGUUGCCAGAAGACUCUUUGUCGGCAUCGGUCACCACCGAUUUGUUAACGUCGUCGCGUAACGGUUUAUCGGUCUCCGUCGCAUCCCAACACAACAAUAGUGCAACCCCUACGACACAGCUCCCCUCGGACUAUUUUCAAAGUGCUCGCUCGCAUACCGUCGCUGUAGCUAAUCAUAACAAUAAUCACAUUGAAGUUCGUCUCAGCCAAAAUAAUCGCCCUCAGCAUAAUAGUGGACGUAAUCGCUUGAAUCCAACGCAGGCCAACGGCUCUAGUGAAACUCCAGUCUACCUCAUCAAAAUGGAUACAACAAAUAAACGGAUUUUGUGUCGAGUUGGUUUGGAUGUUCUGAUUUUGAUAUGUGUUCUUUUUCCCAUUUUGUGCUUUUUCCUAUGGGGCGAAUCCUAUAAACGUGGCUUCUUCUGUGAUGACGAAUCAUUGAUGCAUCCCUACAAAGACUCCACCAUCAAUAAUUUCUGGUUAUAUAUGAUCGGCUUGGUGCUCCCUGUUAUUGUGAUCCUUAUAGUGGAAAUAAUUCAAGCUCGUCACCACGAACGGGUAACCAAUGGCAACAGCACCGGUAAACGCUACGUAUUCAUGGACUAUGAGAUUCCCGACUGGUUGCUGCAGGCUUACAAAAAAAUAGGAGUUUUCGGUUUUGGAGCCGCCGCUUGCCAAUUGACCGUUGAUAUUGCCAAAUAUUCAGUAGGCCGUCUUAGGCCACAUUUCCUUGAGGUCUGUAAUCCCAUUAUGCCUGGUAACACCACCUGCCUUGAUUCGGUCAAUAUGGGAAGGUAUAUUGAAGAUUUUCAAUGCCGUGGCGGCGUAGGAGUAACAAAGAGAAUGCUGAAAGAAAUAUCACUUUCAUUUCCAAGUGGACAUUCAAGUUUUACCUUUUAUGGAAUGGUUUAUUUGGCGAUAUAUUUGCAAUGCCGUAUGACCUGGAGCGGUUCAAAACUAUUGAGACAUCUUUUGCAAUUUGGCUUUGUUAUGUUGGCAUGGUACACAGCGUUGAGCCGAGUUUCCGAUUACAAACAUCACUGGUCUGAUGUAUUGGGCGGUUCAUUGAUUGGAGCCCUAGCGGCCACUAUAGUGGCCAAAUUCAUAUCGGAUUUGUUUCCAGCAAAAUCUGCCAAAAGUUAUAUUUUACCCACCUGCACACGUGAUGUUACCCCACAGACAACGAUUACCACCACAAACGGCAAUUAGUGCUUAAUAGCUAUCGAAUCUCGAUGGGCUACAUAGCAGCAAAUAAAACUAAACUCUUGGACACGAUUAAAAAAAUCGAAAUGAGAAGACCAGGAAAAUGAGGCAGAAACCAACAUUCUUCAAUAAACAAAAAAUUGCAUAGUAUUUAUUAAAAAUUAAUUAUUACAAUUAAUUAGUUAAUUAAUCAUAUCGUAACUUAUUACAAAAAAAAAAGAAAUGAUACAUAGAAUUUAUCUUUAGUCGUUUAAAUAUCAAGAAAAACAGAACUCGCAAACCUCAACAUCAUACAAUAGAUAAACGCUACAAAUGCUUAGAUAUAAAGAGAAAAUUAAAUAGUUUAAUGACAACAAAAAAUCGUUAAUAUUAUUCAAAAACAAAAUUGUUAAAAGAAUUUAAAUCAAACACCUAUUUUAGGAUAUUUACACAGACACAUAAACCAAUGCAGCAAUAAGAGCAAAGCAGAGCUUUCACUUUAACAUUGAUAAGAUUCCCUAAGUAGAUGUGCAAAAGCAUUAGAUAUUUUUU